ACGGCCACUGCCUCUAGUUCCUGCCUUUCAACAUUGUGACCGCGGUCCACUCGGGCUACCUCAGCAACGUACGGACUUCAUGGCGAACUCCAAUGAGUCCCUGUCCGAAGGUGCGCUACUUGCGAACACGCUGUCAAACGACGACUAUGCACGACGGCACAUCGGGCGCUCUAAUGAAGAGGUCCUGUGCUGGACCUCUAUCGCGACGCAGGCCCGACGGAGUCGUCCACCGGAUCUCGAAUCCAUGUACAACUUGAAUUCGACUCUCCCUGUGAACACGCUGCCAAACGAGAUCUUCAUCGCCAUCGUCUGCCUUGCUGCCCCGUCAAACGGCGACAGCUUGAGCGCCGUCGCCUUGAAUCGGGUAACCAAGCUCAUGGGUGUAUGCCGUCAUUGGAGAGACAUGAUCAUCCAUACGCCCCUCUUGUGGAUGGACAUCGACCUGUCCAAGAAUAUGCAGUUCGCGGAGCUCUGUUUGGCCCGGUCGAACCGUGCCGCUAUCAACUGGCGAAUGCCUUUAACUCGUGGAGAACUACUGCCGCUCAACUGGUGCCUCGCCACUUGCUCCUUCCUCGUUUCACAUCAUACACGGAUCAAACACAUGCAGGUCCACUUCGGGGAAGACCUGGCGCCCAUCGGGGCGACAUACUGGCCACUAUCGAUCGUCUCUUUGCCCGCGCUGGUUUCGAUGGACCUGAAGAUUACCCAUGGGCAUUCUUCGCAAUGGAUUCCGACUCCCGACCACCUCCCAAGUCUCCAACGGCUCUCACUCGAGGGUCUUACGGUGGAUGACACCCGUUUUCCCUUGUCGCAGUUGACAUCCUUGAAGCUACGAGAGGUAGACUUCAUCCCCAAGCUAAGCCUAGCCUCAUUCCUGGAUAUGCUGCAAGGAUGCCCACUGCUGCAACAUUUCGUGUACGAAGAUAUCGCGAAUGGGGAGGGGCUCGCCAACUCGCCCAACUCAGCGGACCUCAAGCGCGCGGUGUCCCUACCACAUAUGCAACACUUCCAUCUGGAUGCACUCUCAUCCGAUAUCUUUCGUUUGCUCACGCACGUCUCAUUGCCCAAGCAAGCCCGCCUCACGCUGCAACCAGGUUUCUUCGUCGUCCUCCCAGGAGAGGACGAGAAUGUACCCUGGCUCAGUACCUUUUUGCCGCGUGACGCAGCGUAUUGGCCGACUCUCAGGGACAUCACCCACGUAAUGGCGUGGUGGGACGAGUACAACGGUCUUACUGUCCUUGGGGAUGUGGUGCAUACAGAAUUCUGGGAGUCGCAGCCGUGGAAGUCUCCUUACUACGUGACUUCGGACGCCGAUGAUUUUGCCGUGGCGCCGUCACUUUAUAUAUGGGAUAUAGUCGCGCUUUGGCCCCAAGACCAAGGCGGCGUCGACGCGCCCCUUCUAUGGGUCAUCAAAGAGCUGAGCGAUUUCUUCCCGGCAUCUGUGAAGACGUUCGUCCUCCGCGGAGGAACACAAGAGAUCGACACGGAGGUCUGGGCUAGGAUGCUAGCGGCGUUCCCUGCUAUCGAGCACCUCGAGAUCAUCGCGGAAGAAGACGCCAUGCCCGACUUUCCUGCGGCGCUCGAGCCGACAUUCAGCGGAGACGUCCCCUGCCCUGGUCUGCGAGAGCUCGUCCUGCGGUAUCAGCCAGGUGAGGUAUCCGACCACAGUCGGCUGCUAGCUGUUCUUCGUUCAGCGCUCCAGCAGCGCCUCGAAAAGGGCUCGCGCUUGGCAUCCCUCAGCCUUAAAUGGGAGUGUAGAAGUGCUGAUGACGUUGACGCCUUCACGGGGUCGGUGGUCAAUCAGGUAUUACCCGAGCUCCGGGAAAGAACGUUGGUCUUGUCAAGGCUUGUCGGUUCACUGAAGAUGUGGGCUACCAAAUGCCAGAGGCUGGAGAUCUGUGGGAUUGGCAUCUGUUGGACAUGUCGGAUAACGGUAGUGUCAUGCCCACCCAGAAGUACAAUUCCCUGAAGCAAUACAACACAUUGUUUGCUCUGUCAACCGAGGCAAAGUAUAUGUAAGUACGAUAUCCGCACACGGUCAUCAGGCAGUAGUCUGUUGUGCCGCCGACGAACUUUCAAUCUACAUCGGAGGCCACUGAUGACAAACCGCGCCGGCGUCACUUCUGCGAACGGCAUGCAUCGCAGAAGCAUUCACGAUGCUGUGCUGAUCCGGGAACAAUUGCUCUUUGGCCACA